AUGAGUCAAAAAGGAGGUGCAAUCUUCCGAGUCUUCACAGACCUCGUGGAUUUUACAAAUUCGCGGCUUUCUUACGUCCCACUUGAUUUGAUGCUGGGCUUCUUUGUGGCUGGGGUGCUAAAACGUUUUUGGUAUCUGUUCAAUAUCAUCGGGUUCAUGGAUAACAUUGCUCUAAUGACGGCUCUGUACGUCCGCGGUACACAAGAACGUGCUCGUCAGUACCGUAGAAAUAUCGUGCGAUACUGUCAGCUCACACAGGUUCUUGUUUUCCGUGAUCUUUCAAUGCAAUGCCGUAAACGUUUCCCUACGUUGGAUACAGUUGCUGCAGCUGGAUUCAUGAUGCCCCAUGAGAAAGAAAAUUUUGAUGGCAUACAGUACAAUUACAACAAAUAUUUCCUCCCAUUCAACUGGGCUUGGGCACUGAUCUAUCGCGCAAGAAAGGAAGGCCUAAUUGAGAGCGAUUAUUAUGUUACUAUACUUUCUGAG